GCCACACAAAAGUUCUUUUACUGGGAUCCUUGGUGUAUUUCCCCGUCUCCGUUUGCACUUUCAAGAGUUGUCAUAUGUGAGCUGGUUGAGGAAAUGAAAAUAAACACAAAUUUACCUUCAGCCUGCCAGCAGUUACUCAGUUAUGGGUGUAAACAUAAAUAUUCUUUUACUGACAAAACAGGAAAGUUGCAUUAGUGAAUAAUUACAUUGUUAUCCUGGGUUGGCACACAUGUCUACUACAAGUACGUUGAUUUGCAGAAAUGUUCUUUUAAGGAGUUACAAGGGAGAAGUAUUUCUCUCUCUCUUCUGUGGUUCAUAAAAAUGAAUCACUUAUUAAAGUUCUCUCUUGAAGCCAAACAAUGGAACAAAACAAUACUAGCUGCAUGAAUUGCCAGAGUACAAAGGAUGCAUGGGUUUUGUUUUUUUUUGUUGGAGGGGGGGUGUUAGCACAGGAAGUUUUGUUAUUGGAAACUCCUGCUAACUUGCUCUGGCCUUGUGCUGCGUAACCACUGUCUGGUCGUGGAAGCCGUGUCUUUUUUUGUCCCAUCAAGCUGGCAAAGACAGGCACCUCCUGCUUUUUGUGCGCUUUGUUCAGUCCUGGACAGAGGCACACUUCAUCUCCAUCUGCACUGUGCUAGGAUUCACAGUAAACAAACUUCGAGAAACUUGUGGUCCAGUCCCUUCUGUGUUUGCUAAGGGCAGGGCCCAUUGCUAGAAAGCUGAAUUUGUGAAUUGCCUCCUGUUUUUUCCACUGACUCUUUGAAAUUGGAGAGGCCUAUGAUGUAAACAGCCUUGAAGAGCUUUCAGGUCUAGGACGCUGACAAUGGAAGCCACGCAGAUCAAUAUGUCACAAGCGCCGCUAGUGAACGGCAACAUCACUGCUAAGCCGAAGAGGAGCAAACCUCGUGUGAUGUCCAAAAGCGGCCACAGCAACGUGAGGAUUGACAAGGUCGAUGGCAUUUACCUGCUUUAUCUUCAGGAUCUGUGGACCACAGUCAUCGACAUGAAGUGGAGAUAUAAACUGACCUUGUUUGCUGCCACUUUUGUAAUGACUUGGUUUCUUUUUGGAGUCAUCUACUAUAUCAUUGCCUUUCUUCAUGGAGAUUUGGAAGGGAACAAACACCAGCACAACCAGGCCCCCUGCGUCAUGCAUGUGAGGUCACUCACCGGAGCAUUUCUCUUUUCUUUGGAGUCACAGACUACCAUUGGCUAUGGCUUCCGUUACAUCACAGAAGAGUGCCCUCAUGCCAUCUUCCUUUUAGUUGCUCAGCUGGUUCUCACCACCUUGAUCGAGAUCUUCAUCACGGGGACUUUCCUGGCCAAAAUUGCUAGACCCAAAAAAAGGGCCGAGACCAUUAAAUUCAGCCACUGUGCUGUCAUCUCCAAGCACAAUGGGCAACUGUGCCUUGUAAUCCGAGUGGCAAACAUGAGAAAGAGCCUCUUGAUCCAGUGCCAGCUGACAGGGAAACUUCUCGAGUCCUACGAAACUAAAGAAGGCGAGAGGAUUCUGCUUAACCAAGCAACUGUUAAAUUCCACGUUGACUCCGCAGCAGAAAGCCCAUUCUUGAUUUUACCUCUGACUUUUUACCACAUAUUGGAUGAGAGCAGCCCUUUAAGAGAUCUUUCACCCCAAAACCUUAAAGAAAAAGAGUUUGAACUGGUUGUCCUCCUGAAUGCCACUGUAGAGUCAACAAGUGCCGUCUGCCAGAGCCGAACAUCAUAUAUCCCAGAGGAGAUCUUCUGGGGUUUUGAGUUUAUGCCUGUAGUCUCUCUCUCUCCGAAUGGGAAGUACGUUGCAGAUUUUAGUCAAUUUGAGAAGAUCAGAAGAUGUGCAGAUUGUACCUUGUACAGUAUGGACUCUGAAAAGCAAAAACUAGAAGAGCAAUAUAGAAAAGAAGAUGAAAGAGAAAGGGAGCGCAGGACAAGGUUUUUGCAGCAAAGCAAUGUUUGAUUUCUCACCCAACACCAACCACAACAAAUAUUUAUACCGCAAGAAUUAUCAUCACCCCCCCCCCUUGAAAAUGGAAGGGCAUGAAAAACUCAUCCAAACAGGGGUGGCUUCACAAAUAAGACAUUUUAUUCUAGAAUCCAUGAAAACCAAGUACACUAUCUAGAUCUGUUUCCUAUUUUUUAACCCUGAAAAGGGCUUAUUGAGAAACUGAUUUUAUUAUAAAGAAAAGGUCAUAGCAGAUUGAAUCUGCCCCCCUCUGUUUGUCCACCUGAAAUAGAUGGUCCCACCAAUCAAGACAGCAGUCACCACUCCCUUCUCUGUUCAUCUGGGGCGGAGGAAGGAAAGGGAGGAAAAAAGCAUGGAUAACCCAACCUAGGGGAGGGUUUUCAAAUGCGUCAAGUAACCAUCCUUGUGGACAGCAGGAUCCAGACUCAAUCUAGACUGAAAGCAGCAUGUUGAGGACAAGCAAGAACAAUUCCAGAUUAAGGGAAAAAACAACAUUUUUGUGCUACAAAUGGGUUAGUGUGUGUACACAGCCUAAGAUGUGGGGCGCAUUCACCACUUUUGCAUCAUUAAUCAAAGUGGUUUGUUUUUUAAAAAAAAUCAAAUGAUUUUUAUGUAUAGGAUGCUGUAACUGAGAUGAAUAUCUUUAAGGAAUAGUAGCCUUGUACCGAGUCAGACCAUAAGUCCAUUGAGCUCAGUCUACACCGAUUGCCAAUGACUCUCGAGGGCUUCAGAAAGGGGGUAUCUCGCAGCCUUCACUGGUGAACCUAAACUGUACGAGGUCUCUUAUUUCAGAGGCAGCAGCUCCAUUGUAAAUACACAGCUAUAGACUUCCCCACUCUAGGAACAUAGGAAAUGUGUUCUACUGAGUCAGAGGUUUGUCUAGAUAAGUAUUGUCUGCACUGACUUGCAGUGGCUGUCCAGGAUUUGAAACUGGAGAUACAAGAUAUUGGACCUGCUGAGAGAGCCAUGGCCUCUCCUUGUGUCUUAACACUCUGCCAUACGGCAAUUUUCAUAGCAGAUUGAUUUUUCAGUUAACACAUUUGAAGUUCAGUAUAUUGAACAAAUUUACUCACGAUAUUUAUUUGACAUAGAUUAGCGAUAUAACAUAGGAUGAAAGAGUAGGUUCUGAAAGGUUAUAUAUUCUUUGGUAUAGUGAGGCUGCAAUCCUCUUACACCUCCCUGGAAGUAAGUGCAGUUGAACUCCGGGGGGGGGGGGUUACCUCUGAGUAGACAUGCAUAGAGUUACACUGUCAGUGUUUAUUUACCUAGAUUUUCAUGCUUCUUAAGAAAAGGAAAAUGUCAUUCUGGUUGUGUCGUUGGAAAUCAGUUUCACGGAGUGGAAACAAUUUGAAUGACAGUAGACGGCAGCCUCUCAAAUGACUGCCCAGUGCAAUGCAGACUUGGAGUGUGGGGUUGUACAAAAAACAGCACCACCACCCCUCCAAAAGCAUCCACAUCUCUUACAGACAGAAGGUCUCUCCCCUUGGCCUCCAGUGUAAAUGUGUUACAGGGGAGGAUUAGAGAACCACAUCAGAAGAACAGAAGUGCAAGAACAGAGGGAGAUUCUAAUGUGGCACCCAUAGGUUCUAUAGCUCCUUAAAACACCCUCUUGGCACUCACCAAGGAUGCCUCCACCUCCCUUUUUUUAAAACAACAACAACAAGCAAGCCCUGGGGUAUAGGAGCUUUUUCUGGUUGUAUGUUGAGAAGUUUGCCUGUUUUUCUGUCUGUGUUCUAUUUGCUGGGGGAUAUACUGUAGGUAUUUUUUUUUCGUUUUCUUUUGAUGAUGGCCCUGAGGAGCACCAGUUUUUCUUCUAUGAAAUGGGCAUGUUGUGGUGCUUACAGCAGCAUCUGAGAUUUCUAAAUGUGCCUGUGCCCCCACGGAACAAGUUGGAGACACGCUGCACUGGAUUAUCUCUUUCUGGCACAGCAGAGCAAAAACCUCAAGGGGAACCACACAAAUAUUGCAACAAUGGCUUAAGGGAAACAGUCAUUUCCCUCUUUCCCACUUCACAGGCUCCUUCUGCCACUCUUUGCC